AUAUCGGAACUCAUUGGGAAACCUCAUGUCAUUCAUUUGGGCAAAACAUUGACAAACAAAACCAUGUUCUGUUCUGGUUGUUAUUCGAAAGCGUUGCUAAGUAACCUAAUUCCACCCUACCUAAGCAUGAGACAGUGAUGAACAGAAGACACACGGGUGUCUCGCUCUGGAAGACAGCUCUUCUAAGGAAAUCCUGGAAGAUUUAUGAAGUUGUAAAAUGUGGGUGGAAGUCUCUGUCUGACUGUCAACGCUUCAGCCAAACAUCUGCUGAUUUUUCUAUCAAAAAAAAAAAAAAAAAUCUUCUCAGAUUCCAUUCCUGAAACUGGAACUAAAUAUUCCAACUAAUUAUUCCAACGAAGAAGAAUUCCAUUUUGUACUACAUUCUGCAAGUUUGUGGGUUGCCUGCUUUCUUAAGAUGUUUCUGCAACAUAGUCUUGGGUCGAGGUAUGGAAGGAGGAAAUCGAGUGUGAAAAAAGGAGAAGUUGUAGAAAGGAAGGAAGGAGAAGAAAUGAAAGAGGAGGAAAACAAAGAAGAAGAAAUGAAAGAGGAGGAAAACAAAGAAGAAGAAAUGAAAGAGGAGGAAAACAAAGAAGAAGAAAUGUGGGUGUUUGUUGCAGAUUUUCAAAGGCCAGAGAUUCUGUGGUCAGCCAUGCCUGUCCCCCCUCCUCCCCCUCCCCCUGCACCUCCACCACCUCCACCACCCUGUACUGCUCACCCACCGCAGUCUCGGCCAGACCCUCCUAGUCUCCAGAGUGUUGGAGGAAGAGGAGGGAGGAACGCCCUGUUAGUAGACAUUCAGAAAGGAGCCAGGUUGAAGAAGGUUUUACAGGUCCAUGACCGUAGCGCACCAGUUGUCGACAAGCCCAGGGCCAGUGGUGGUCUGUCCCAGGACCAUCCCCAGGGAGGAUCAGGAGAAGGGGCGGAGGCUAUGAGGCCCUCUCUAGGGGGCUUGUUCUCUGGCGGGUUCCCCAUCCUCAGACCCGCUGGGCAGAGAGCCUUCACAGGGAAGAACGUGGUUUCACGCUCUAGCUCAUCAACGGGACUGAAGCCUCAGUGGAACCCUCCACCGACAUCGUCAGACAGUGGCCACACCCCCGAGCCCUACCAUAGGCCGACAGAGAGAGGAAGCCCUUCCCACCACCCUGCCCACUCAGCCUCCGCACCUCCCUCUCCCUCUCACAGCAAACCUCCCCUCUCCAUUACUGCCCCCACCACCACUCUUCCUCCCCCUCCUCCCUCAUUCCAUGAGCGUCCCAGCAGCAGGCCUCCCCCAUCCCUACUGGUCCUCCCCCUCCUCCCCCUACCCAAGUCACCAAGCCUACCUGGCUCCCCAUCCAGCACCCUCACCCCUUACCCCAGCCCUCUACCCUCCUCCCUCCACGCCCCCUCCUCCCUCCCUAACCGGAACUCUGGUUUCUUCUACCCGCCUCCUCCCUCCCCCAUCCUCUCCUCCUCCCUCCCCCUCCUCCCUCCCCUGUCCUCUCAUCCUUCCCCCUCCUCCCUCCCCCGUCGUCUCCUCCCUCCCCCUUCUCCCUCCCCCCCCAUCCUCUCCUCCUCCCUUCCCCCUCCUCCCUCCCCUGUCCUCUCCCCUUCCUCUGAAUUGAGGUUCUCUAUCUCUGGUCCCCACGGCCCCCUCCUCCUCCUCCUCCUCCUCCUCCACCCCUCCCCGCCUCAUUCACCCCCAGCUGCCCCUCCUCUCUGCCCCCUCCACCACCCAAGAUGCCCCCUGUGCCGUCCCCUGCCAUGCGGCCCCCGGUGCCCCCCUCCUACCCCUGCACUGCACCUAGUCGGCGACCACCAGCUGUGCCCAGGAGUGCAGGUGUGGGGAGGUCGUUGGCUUCUCCCCCUGUCCCACCGGCCCGCUCCCCGUCCACCGAGCUGACCAACCGGAUCCCUCCCCCUCAUCCUCCUCCCCUUCCCCCGUCCUUAAUGAGGAAUGGACACAGUCUAAGCUUGCACAGCCUGGACGACUUUGAGUCUAAAUUUCAGUUCCACCCAAUAGAAGACUUUCCCCCUCCAGAGGAGUUCUGGCCCUUUCCGCGCAUCUACCCAAGCAGAGAGAACCAAGGAGUGAUCAGGACACAGCUGUGGUGAUGCAGUGAGACAACAUGGACCCCCCACCCCCACACAUCCAACAGCUGGCCCAACACAUCCUCUUCAUCCUACAUUAUCCUCAUCCUCUGUCCCCAGGGGCCAUAAUUGAGACUGUGUGUGUGUGCGUGCGUGCGUGCGUGUGUGUGUGUGUGUGUGUGUGUGUGUGUGUGUGUGUGUGUGUGUGUGUGUGUGUGUGUGUGUGUGUGUGUGUGUGUGUGUGUGUGUGUGUGUGUGUGUGUGUGUGUGUGUGUGAAUGCAAUACCGUGCCACACCCAGUGCAGGCUAUGUGACCUCCAACCUUCUCCAGUGUGGGAUGUUUUGAAUGUGUCAGGAGGGUAGAACCCAACAGUGAUAUAUAUAUAUAUCUAUUGAUAAACUGGGUGGCACCAGCCCUGAAUGCUGAUUGGCUGACAGCCAUGAUAUAUCAUGGGUAUGACAAAACAUUUAUUUUACGUUGAUAAACAGUUUAUAAUAGCAGUAAGGCACCUCUGGGAUUUGUGGUAUAUGGCCAAUAUACCACGGCUAAGGUCUGUAUCCAGGCACUCCAGGCGUUGUGUCGUGCGAAAGAACAGCUCUUAGCCGUGGUAUAUUGGCCAUAUAUCAUACCCCCUCGGGCCUUAAAUAUAUACUGUAUAUAUAUAUAUAUGUCUCUCUCUGUUCUCUCCCUCUCUCUCUAUGUCUCUCUC